AAGCUUCAUUAGCGGUUAACAAGACUUUAGAUUUAAAUAAAUAUUGUAAAAUAUUGAAAAUAAUUGGCUCCAGAAAUGCACUGAUCCCGAAAAGGUCAAAAUGAUUAUUGUAGGAACACACGUUAAAACGCCCUAAAAAUGCUUGUUGAACAUUUUCCGUGUCUGUAUUAUGACCGAAGCCGUAAAACGCAUGAAAAGCUUUCAAUAGAAAAUACGCCACCAGUCGUAAGUCUUCAUCCGUUCGUAAUACGCGAUUUGGUGGUGGAAAAGCGUUGGAAAAGCCCGUCAUACCUGAAAAAUGCCCUAGCUAUGGAAGAGAAAGCCAGUCCCGGCCCUUCGUACGCCAUCAACACCUUCCUCAACAACUUGGAUUUUGAGAAAGAAGACCGACAAGAUUAUCACAAUUACGCCGAAGAUGACGCCAAUAACGCCUCGAAACGCAAACAGCGGCGCUAUCGAACCACCUUUUCCAACUAUCAAUUGGAAGAGUUGGAACGCGCGUUCCACAAAACCCAUUAUCCGGACGUCUUCUUCCGCGAAGAACUGGCCUUGAGGAUCGACCUAACCGAAGCCAGGGUCCAGGUUUGGUUCCAGAACCGGAGGGCCAAGUGGAGAAAGCAGGAAAAAAGCGUCAAGAACGCCCAAAAUAUCAACAUCCCUUCAGCCUGUUCUACGCCUCUGGAGAGCCCCCUGUUGAAUUUCCCCCCCGAGCAAAGCCCCACUAACUUGUUCCUGGGCCUGGAGUGGCCCUCGAUAGUCCCCCAAGUCCCGUAUCAAAGUGUUGAUAAUAUCAACGAAACCGUUUUAAUAGGCGACCGAAUCGCGGGCAUUCACACCAAUUUAAUAGGGGACGGGAUUUUGUUGGGGGAGGAAGGGAAUCUGGAUUUGAUCCAGAAUGAUCCAGAAAUCGGGAUCGAUCCAGACUUGCUGACCUUGAAGCCGGCCAGGCAUAACAGGAGCGAGGACUGUUGAAAAAUCGGAUUGCUUGUUUGGAAACCCCUGUUUUUGUUGUCUUGUUAUGUAUUCCGAAAUUAAUCAAAUAAACAGUUUUUUGCAA